UAAUUUAGAUAAAAUUUUUCAUCUAGAAGCUUUCAUUAGGAAAAUUUGGUAAUUGGCCAAGUCAAAAAUUAACAUUCUCAAGGGCUGCUUUCCGAAAGUGUCUUAAUAUUGCAUAUGCUUUACCUAAAAUCAAUCAUGACAAUCAUGAAUCACCCCUCUUCAAAUUACAACUAUUACCAGUCUUCCAUUCUUGGAAACUCACUAAUCUUAAUUCAAGCAAAUUGUUUAUUUAACUUCUAUUUGUGUUCAAUGAUUUGCAUCAGAAACAAUACUAUUAUUUGAAACUUCUUACUGAUAUUUUUUAUGAAUUAAUUAUAUGUGAACCUACUUUAGUUGACAAAUUGAUUUCGAGGUGCCGUAUAUUUAUGAUACGAUUCAUAAAAGAGUUGGAAAAAAAGAAUGUGGAUUGAUCCACUAAUCAAUUGAUUCAUCGAGGAAAAGAAAGUGUGGUUAGUGGUUGCAUCACUUAAAUUUUUAAGUAUGAUGGUGAUGUUGAUCAAUUUGUCAAUGCCAUGGAAUUAUGUCAGUUGAAUUCCAAAACUUUAUUCGUUAGUCUUAUCAGGGUAGGCAGUGGGAGGGCACUUAGGCAGCACUAACAUUUAAUCUUGCAAUUGACGCAAAAAAUUGAUGAAUCAAUUCAUUUUUGAAUUGUGAAUAAAGCUGAAAAGUGUGAAUCCAUUUAACAGCAACAACGCAAGAACAAAAAAAAAAAAAAAGCUCCAAGUCAACAUAGAGCAGCUUGAAAUCUUGGGGUGGAAACACAAACAAAAAUGUAAUCAAAUGAUGUGAGUUGAAACUAGACAAAAGUCUAUACAAUAACUUCCGCUCGCAGAACUGAAAGAUUAUAAAACCACAAAUGGGAUCCCUCCUAAACCACCCUUCCCUCCAUUAAUCAUCAUCCCUUUAGUUUUCUUUCCCAACCUUUAGCCAUGGUGGUGGAUAGGGAUCAGGUGAGGCCUCUAGCACCGGCUUCGGACCUUCCAAGCAGCGACGAUGGAGAGGCUGCUUUGCAGUUGAAAAAAGUUCAACGGAAAAAAUGCAUCAAAUGUUGCGGUUGCAUUGCAGCUCUAAUGAUCAUCCAAGCUGUUGUGAUCAUAAUUUUAGUUUUCACUGUGUUUCGAGUCAAGGACCCAGUCAUCAAAAUGAACGGUGUCGCAGUUACGCACCUGGAGCUAAUCAAUGGUACAACUCCUAAGCCGGGCUCCAACAUCUCCUUGAUAGCCGAUGUUUCAGUCAAAAAUCCUAACGUAGCAUCGUUCAAGUAUAAGAACACCACCACAACUCUUUACUACUAUGGCACAAUCGUUGGGGAGGCUCGAGGCCCAGCAGGUAGUGCAAAGGCCCGCCGGACCAUGCGGAUGAAUAUUUCUGUUGAUAUCAUCACGGAUCGGCUCUUGGCCAGCCCAAAUUUGGUUGCAGAUGUGAACUCUGGGACUCUGACCAUGAGCAGCUACUCAAGAAUUGGAGGAAGGGUCAAUAUGUUAAACAUUAUAAAGAAGCAUGUUACGGUAAAGAUGAACUGUUCCAUGACAGUUAACAUCUCCAGCCAGGCAAUUCAAGAACAGAAAUGCAAGCGAAAGGUUGACCUCUAGGCUUUAGGGGUUUGAUCAAUUCAACAGCAAAUGCAGGUUUUGAGCUGAACGCAGGCCUUCAAUUAUAAUGGACGGGUUUAAAUUUUUGUCUUGAUUGGAAUUGAGGAGGCCAGAGAGCAGCAUCAGGACUGCAAGUGCAAUGGAUACCUUGUCCAGUUAUGAUGACUAAUAUACCUUCUAAAAGAGUUGCCCCGUCCCUUGAAUUCUGGUUCCCAGGGAAACACACAAAGGCCAGGGGGGGACCGCCAUUGUACUUCACCCAAAUGCCUUUAAUUGUAUCCAACUUGUUUAAAAAAAUGGGUCGGAUCUGUAUCCUCGACAACUCUGUUUCAGUCUUUUGGCAUUGAAUCCUUGAAUAAUUGAACCGCUAUUAAUAAUUUGACCUAGCCAUAGGCCAGAGCGCAUUGAGAUGACUUUCUUUCAAAACAAAAGAAAAAGGGAGAGGGGACAUUGUUUUGUUCUGUUUAAAGGGGAUGUGAUGAUGAGUAGAUUGCUCAAGUAAUCCUUGUCAAGUGUAAGCAUCUUUAACAAAAGAACUUGCUUAAUACGAGUCUAUACUACUACUGUUAUUUUCUGG